AUGUUCAACAAGAAUCGUUUAUACGUUGCUCUCUAUGCACGUGGUGGCAGCCCUACAAUGCCAGGCAAGGAAGACACGUAUCACUGGGCUUUCCUCGUGGGGCCAAAAGUUGAAGGAGAGAGCAGUAAGGGUAUCCGUUACCAGGUGAAGCAGAGACACCAAAUAGGAGUGGGCUUGGAAUGGGACUUCGAGGAGCGCGAAUGUCCACUCACCCCAACAAGCAUGCUUCUUGUUCGUGUCAUUAUCGGAAAGAUACUUGACAUGAGUCGCUUGGCCGAAAUUCUGCGUAAUACACCUGUCCGAGAAGAUCAGCCGGGGUGGAAUUGUGUCGCCUGGGUAAAGGAAGCCCUCGAGUCGCUAGCGAAUGAUUCCAAGACCCUUGGGACGAGUGUCACUGAAUGGGAUAAAGUGCGCAACGCGGCAAUGGAGUAUUGUCAACAAAAGAAGGACGAGCGCCGUUUUAAUGCUUGGAGCAACUUUGAUAUGAACAAAACCCCGACCUACAACCUGUUGGAGUUGAAGGAAACCAUCAUAUGA